AUGCGCUCCAGCUCGACUUUGCUGGCCAUGGCCGCACUCGCAUCUGCAGCGCUUGCCCAAGGCCCACCAGGUGCUGCCAGCUGGCAAGACGCCUCAGGUACCGCGGCGCCUCAAUACACUGCCACAGUCACCAUGACACUAGAAGUUGUCCACACGGUCACCAGCUACGAUCUGCCGGCUUCGACGGCCGCUCUCAGCAACGGAACAAUCUCGGCAUCGAAGUCUGCUGAAGUGACCAUAAUCCCAUCCGUUGCACCUACCUCAACUUCGAGCCCGAGUCCGAGUUCGCUACCUGCAACAGGUGGCGCUGAGGCUGGGAGGAUGGCCCAGACAGCUGUCGCCAUCUUCGUUGCUGGUGCUGCUGCUUUCUUCAGCCUGUAA